UUAAUAUAUAUAUUUAGUAAAAAUUAUUUCUUGUUUUUGAAAGACACAUUUUUCUCUCUACAUAUUUCAUCUUUCGUUUCAUCCCUUCUAUUUUUUGUCUUAUUGAACUGUUUCAAUUUUACAACGUUACAAGACAUAUUACCUAAAGAUCCUCUCAAUCAAAGAGUCAAUCAUGGAUAAGGUUGAUAAAGAUCAUCAAAAAAUUUGUAAAGUAUGUUCAGACAAAGCCAUGGGAUUUAAUUUUAAUGCUAUAACCUGUGAAUCUUGCAAGGCUUUCUUCAGGCGCAAUGCCUACAAGAGCGAGAAAUUAAGAUGCCCUUUUAAUGGUAACUGUAAUAUUGAUGUAAUUACUCGACGAUUCUGUCAAAAAUGUCGUCUAGAGAAAUGCUUCCGUGUUGGUAUGAAGAAAGAGUGGAUAUUAUCAGAGGAACAGAAAAAAAUGAAACGAGCCAAAAUUGAACAGAAUAAGCUUAAAAGACAAGCUGCCUUAGAAUGCAAUGGUGAAAGUAACAAUGGAAAUAGUAAUAGUGGCAAUGGAUUUGAAUUUAGUGGCGCAUCAAAUCAAUCAGGUAACCAAAGGACGACAUCUGUAAGUUCAAAUAACUCCAACACUUCAACGAGGAUUUCAAUAGAUUCAUCAACAUCUGAUACACCACUAUUCGAUGAUAACGUUGAGACUCCUGAAAGAUUUUUGGAUUACAUUGACAAAGAAAUUGACACAUACAAGGGCAACCUGAUGUCCCCCGAUUCAGAUUUUAGAUUGGAAGAUGGGCGUCCAGAAAGAUCUAGAUCAAAUGCCAAUGAAAGCUCAUACGGUGAUAAUGGUGUUACACGUAAACAAGACUUAUGGAGGUUAAGAGUGAAUCGCAGAAUAUUGGAGACCAAUUUUACACCUCUUUACCUCCGAAAUGAUCGAACUCAGCCAAGUCACCAACUCAAUGAACUGGAGUCCAUGAAAUUAGAAGAGUUGAUGACAGCUUUUGGAACCAUUGAUGAACCUCUUUUCACCAAACCUUACGAUGAAGAUCACACCGACAUUACUGAUCUUGUAAGGCUGUCAGACUUGUCCAUACGAAGGAUAAUCAAAUGGUGUAAAAGGAUACAAUGUUUCCGAAAUCUUUGCAUAGAAGAUCAAAUUGCUCUUUUGAAAGGAGGAUGUCUUGAAAUGAUGCUUAUGAAAGCCUCAAUUAGUUUUAACCUUGACGAUGAAUGUUGGCAGGAUGAAAUAACCAAAUGUAGCUUAACUCUUAACGUCUUUCGCACCAAAGGAGAUUUGUACAAUGCUCAUCGAGAGUUUAUCAAGAAUUUUAAUCCACGGUGGAGACAGGAUCACUAUGUUAAUCUUCUUUUAGUGGCCAUUGUCCUAUUCACACCUGAAAGAGCAAAUCUUCGUCAUCCAAACACAGUCAGAUUAGAACAGUAUUCAUAUAUCUAUCUACUAAGAAGAUACCUCGAAACUAGGUGUAACUCUGUUUGUGAAGCUCAUGCCGAUCAUUACCAGUUGAUGAUGAAAUUGGAGGACUUACGGGAGCUCAACGAAAAUCACAUAAGGAUAUAUUUAGAAGCUGGAACCGAAGCUAUUGGGCCACUUUUGAUUGAAAUUCUUGACCUUAAGCAUUGAAUCGCUUGUAAUGAAACAGGAAAAGAAAUGAACAAAAGACAUUAUUGGAAAAGACAAAAUGAGAAUCAAGCAAAGUUGCAGAUAAAAACUAAGGUUUUCUUGGUGGAUUUGGUGCAAUUAUUACUCUGCUACAAACUGUAAUACACACACGGUCAAAGCUUUGUGAAAAAUGAUAAUGAUCCUGGAUUUUUUAAUAUGUGUGUUUGUAUAUUUCAAGUGUUUUUCAAGUUAUUGGGAUGAUUUGCUUUAAUUUAUCUUUUACCUCAAAACUCGAAAAUCUCAUAAUGCGAGAUUCCAACGUCCAAAGACUAGACUGACAAAUUAACUACAAAAUGCUUCACAAACACCAAAUAUACAUACAUAAGCAUAUACAUACACAAACAAUCCUUACACAUAAUUAUAAAUAUUUGCGCAUGUUACGUGUUAAUAUCAAUUAUCUUGAUGAAAUCGGACGGGUCCGUGAAUUUCAAGCAUCUGUUACCACUUUACACACGUUCUUGCUCGUCUUCGUUUUAACUCUCUUAUUCAGUUCAACUAUAUUUUUCGAUAACAUGUUCUUAUUCAAGAGCGUUGAGAAAAAAAAAGAAUUAUUUCGACAAUGUUCUCAUUGAGAACUAGUUUGUUUUUGUACAUAAACGUCGAAGUCUAUUAACAUUUUAUCCAAGUUAUCCUAGAUCCUAUUAAGCUGCUUAUCUACCCUGAGUUAGGUUAUUCAAUUAUCUAAAAGAAUCACUCACGGAUGGAAAGGAAAAUAAUUGGAACUAAAGUCUUGAUCGAUCCAAAUCACAAGAGACGCGAAAAAAAACCUAAAAAAUAAUUCAACUAUCCUGAUAUUCAACUGGUCAAGAUCAAAUCCUUUCUUCAUUUCUUUCAUUUUCCCAUGAAUAAUAAUUCAAUGCAUUCAUGAAUUUAUUUACACACAUUGACAUGCAUAUGAAUUAUUAUCAUUUCCCUAAGUUGUAUCAACUUUCUCCUUCCCUUUUUAGUGGACAUAUGGUGCAUUCAUAUCAUGAGAUGAAAAAAAGUUACAAAAAAAAUCCUAUGUAAAUAAAAAGUAUCUAUUUCUGAUAAAUAGACACUUUUUAGGUAUCGCCAUCUUUUCUUGGUCUCAUCUAAUUGUUGUCGAAAGAAUCAAUAUUCAAGAUUACGUAAAUUGAGCAAAAGAUUGCUUAAAAUGAAUAGUUUGACUAAAUUGAAUGUUAAUUAUGAAAAUAUAUUUACAUAUUACCCUGAAUAUGUACUUGGAAAUAAUUACCUCGAAUUAUUCUUGUAUCUUUUUUUCUAGUUUCAUUUCUUUCGUCAACAAAUCUAAGCCUUUCACUUUUCAUUAACUUUACCACUUUAUAUUAAUCUAACCUCUGUGAUUGCCCUUGUGAUCCUCCUCGAACCACCAAAUUGUUACUAUUGUUAGCAACAAAAGCUUAAUAUUUUGCCUGUUUUAAGCUCAUUGUAUUUCAUCUUGCCAAUGUUAUUAAUUGUACUAACCACUGUAAGAUCAUUUCUUUAUUCCUGAUUUAACCUGUUAAUUUUGCUCACAUUGUUACCAUUUCGGGAAUUGCUGCCUAAUGUCCUUCUCAAUUUCAAAAUGGUUAACAAAUUGAAAAAUCCUUUUGUCAAUUAUAUUUGUCUUAUCUAUUUUUUUAGGUUAACUUCACCACCAAAUGAACCACUAAGACUACCACCAACACAUUACUAGCCAAAUCAAGCCAUUCAAUCCCAAUUAUAAUUUGAAUUAACUAUGAAAUGAGAUUUUUCUCUGUCCACUAUCAAUAAUUGCACCAAGAGAAAGGACAAACCGACUCGUCUGAUAAAGUAAAUUUGGCAUCAACGACUAUUUAUGGUCGCAUCUUUUUUUUGUUCAUUGUCAAUUGCAUAUCACGUUCUUUACCUUAAUAUCUAGAUAUUGUUAGGUUUCACUGAUAAUUGGUACAAACUGGUUAUGUUUAAGAAUUAAGAAUGUGAAAUUAAUGCAAAACAAUAAGAAAAUCAUUGUAUUGUCAAAGUAUGUAAUUUUCUCGUACGUAUUGAAUUGUGAAUCAAACACAAACGGAAAGUAAAAUAAAAUUUGCCUGAACAAAA